CUGAAACCAGAAGUAGUCUGUAAGUGCUUAAUUUACGUGUGACUUUACGCUCGUACCGGACAGCUGCCACACACUGGACUUGGACUGAGCCGAACUGUCGUUCCUGUGAUGCCCCAGGGCGGGCUGAGCUGCUCGGGGUUGCGAUGCCUUAUGUGGACCGACAGAAUCGCAUCUGCGGCUUCCUGGACAUCGAAGAAAAUGAGAGCAGCGGAAGGUUCCUGCGCCGAUACUUCAUCCUGGACACCCACCAGGGAAACCUGCUGUGGUACAUGGACAACCCACAGAAUCUGCCUAAAGGUGCAGAGAAGAUGGGAUCUCUCAAACUGACCUACAUCUCCAAGGUCAGUGAUGCAACCAAACUCAGACCGAAGGCCGAGUUCUGCUUUGUUAUAAAUGCAGGAAUGAGGAAGUUUUACCUGCAGGCCAACGACCAGCAGGAUUUGGUGGAAUGGAUCAAUGUUCUCAACAAUGCCACCAAGAUUACUGUGCCAAAGCUAGGCGAGGGCCAAACCACUGCGGAGACUCCACAGGAAGUUCUUGGGGCCAUGAAGCAGGUCUCCUACAAGACUGAAAUUAUAGGAGGAGUCCCCAUCAUCACAGCUACACAGGAGCAGGGGGAUGGGCAUAUCGAGGGGGAACGGGGAGGUUUGAAGAAAGGUCAGAAUCAACUUCCCUACUUCCUGUCCAGAGGAGUGCAGGACCAGGCCAUCAAGGCCGGUUACUGUGUCAAACAGGGGGCUCUGAUGAAGAAUUGGAAGAGAAGAUACUUCGUGCUGGAAGAAAAUGCCCUCAGCUACUACAAAUCUGACCUGGAGAGAGAGGCGCUGAGAGUCAUCCCUUUGAAGGAGAUUCAUAAGGUGCAGGAGUGUAAACAGAGCGAUCUGAUGAUGAGGGACAACCUGUUUGAAAUGGUCACCAGCUCCAGAACCUUCUACAUGCAGGCUGACAGUCCAGAGGACAUGCACAGCUGGAUUAAGGCCAUCUCAGGGGCCAUCGUUGCUCAGCGCGGCCCCGGGCGCUCCGCUAACACUAUCCGUCAGGCCAGAAGGCUGUCCAGCCCUUGUAUACCGAGGUAUACGCCAUUCUGCAGUGGUGAAUGCAGCACGAACACAGUGGCAGCUCCUCUCCAACAUCUACAUCCUCCACCUUCUACUACUCCCUCGACACGGAACCACCCCACCCAGAACCCCCCUCUGGCCCCUCAUCAGCGGGCCCUCAGCUUCACGCUGGACACGCACCACCAGGACAAUUUCCUCGGUCUGCUGCCGUGGAGGCUGAGCGGCGUGCAGCCGGUGAUGAUGCCGCUGCCUUCUGCGCGCUCCCGCCUGUCGCUGCAGGAGACGGUGCAGUCCUCCAAGUAGCGGAGGAGGACCAGUCACCGUGGAAACGACGCAGCGAAAUCGUCAGGCAGGGGUUUGCCGGCAGCGACAGUGAUGAGGAGCUGAACAGUCGCACCAUGGAGAAGCCUGACCUGCAAAUGACCCUCAUUUGAGGAUCUCACACACACACACACACACACACACACACACACACACACACACACACACACACACACACACACACACACACACACACACACAUACUUCCUCCCGAGUGCUGAGACUGCUUUGACUGGCUCCUACGCAUCUUCCUGGGACCAUUUCUUUUGUAUGUGUGCGCACACGUGGAAUAGGACCUCCUUCCUCUGCUGUUUUCUCUCCUUCACUAUCGUCUUCCCCGGAUAUUAUUUACACGUUGUGAUGCAAGGAAAUCAAAUCGUAGAUAUUGCUUAGUGACGUUUAUUCAAUGUUUUAGUAGCGUUCAUUAACCCCGCUCGUUGCACCAUGAUGGGCUGGUGUCAUGAUGCAUGUUAGAGGCAGACCAAAGAUUUGCCGUCGUUUCGUGUCGUCGCAGUAGCUUCUUCAAACUCUGGACGCCUGUUUCGAUUCUGCUGAGACCCUAACUAAUCCGACUUCUCAGUUUGUUUUUUAAGAUAAUCUCGCUUGAUGUUAUAUAUUCUUUAAUGCUACAUCUCCCUUUAGAGAAUUGUUACUGUCUCACCUGCAGUAGGAAAGGUCUUCCUGGUGGUGUUAUGGCUCUUUAAAAAAGUCCAAAUUCACAAAGGGUGCGUCUCUGCUUUUAAUUGUUAUGCCCAAAAAUGGUACCACUGUUCACAUGAGGUCUAGGACUCUAGGAGAAAACAAACGUAUGUUAUUUUUGAUGAUGGAUAAUGGAUGUUUCAUAAGCUAAUAGUAAAAUAUAUUCCAAAAUAGGUUCAUUUCAGUGUAACUGGAUUCACUUUGAAGUUGAAAUAAUUCACAUAGCUUCUGUGUGUAGUAACACUUUGGAGAGUCUUUGCACAUCUCAUUUUAAUGAUCUCACUCAUUAGGGGUUAAAAUGCUCCGUAAAAAUAAGAAAUACCUCAAAGACAAGAUGCCAGUUUAGAAGAUUAGAUUAUUUUAAGGAACGUCUAAUCAUCGCCUUAUACUUAUGUGGGAUUUAAAUCAAAAUUUCUGAAAAGAAAAACAGCUUUGAAUUCACAAUUAUGAACCUGAACUUCAAACCUUUCCGUAGUUCAUAGAAAAAUUAUAGAUCAUGAACUAUUUUCAUGAUCAAUUUAUCUUUAAGAUUAAACUUUCAUGCAAACGUCGCUGAAAGCGGGUUUCAGCUUCCUGCUUUAAACUGUUUCAUUUCAAAUGAAAGUGAUAUUUGGGCGGUUUGGAGUGACCAACAUAUUUAUACUAGAAGGACUUUGAGAUAUCUCACUAUAAUCAGACAUUUUAUAAACCAACCAAUUAUUCGAUAUAUCAUCAGAUCUAAUCACUGAUGAAACUAAUCGUAGUUGCAACCCUUUCCACUUAAUCAAAACCCUGAAAUGUACGUAGGCGGUGACAUUAAGGACUUUGAUAAAGGACAUUGUUCAUUAUUCUCUGAGCAGAGUGCUUACAGGAAACAAAUGUCUGGUCAGUAAAGAUAUGACGACUGCUUUCGUUCUGCUCACAGCUUUCCUCCCCUCCUGCACUGUGUCCCCGCUUCUGUGUAACUCCAUCAGUUGUUGACGUAUUUGUGUUGAUAAUCAUAAUUGUCAUCAUCAUAAUUCAUCUUUUAAAUGUUAUUGUUGGACUUUUGGGAGUCGUAAGAGAGCCAGUAACUUAAGGGCCGUUUUCCUGUGUUGUCAUGUGAGGCUGGUUGUGGCUGUUUCAGUUUUUAUUGAUUUUAUUAUUCACAGUAAUGAGAUGCUUUUAAGGAUAUACAUGUGUUGUUAACUGACUUUUAUGAACACGUGUGCACGGCUGCAUGCACACAACCCCCCCCCCCCCCCCUGUUUGACAAAGAUGGGUAAAGUGCCUGCGUUGGUCUUUCUAAAGAGUUGAUAAAAGAUUUGAGCAGUUUUGACCCUUUUUAUUGUGAUUCUAAGGCCAUGUGCUCCGUUUAUUAAAAGACAUUUAAAAAAAUCAUUGUAA